CACAAAAGUCAAUACCGAUCAAAGAGAAGAGGAGGUGAGGUACAAUGGUUUUUGAUUCAGCUUCUAAAGAUUUGUUCUUCUUCUUCACAAUGUCCACAUUGCAAUGCCUAAAUCAAGUUCAAGCAAGAACCUAUUUCAGUGUCCUUCAGUUUGGUGCUUGUGCUGAUGGAAAAACAGACAACAGUAAGGCGUUUAUGGCAGCAUGGAAUCAGGCUUGCAAUUCAUUGGGAGAAAAUGGUGUUUUGAUCCCAACAGGGGUAUUUCUGUUGCGUCCAGUAGUGUUUAGGGGUCCCUGUAAGGGCUCUGCUGUGUUUCAGAUUAGAGGAGUCCUCAAGGCUCCCACUGAUAAAGCUUCACUUUUGGACCAUUGGAUUAGCUUCAAAUACAUUGAUCAAUUGAUGAUCAAUGAUGGUGGAUCACAUGAUGGUGGAUCACUUGAUGGUGAAGGAGCCUCAGCCGGGCCCCUAAACAAUUGCAGUAAAGACCCAAAUUGCCCUCCUCUUCUUGUU